GGGGGGGGGGGGGCGGGCGGCUCAGAAUAGACGCCGUGCUUGUCCUUGAGACAUGACAGCUCGUAGCUGUGGCAUCUUUAGCGCGUCUACCUGACAAGAUGUUGGGUGUUUUUGUCAGAGCUGCGCUGCGGCCUGGCAUGGUGAAACCAUGUCGCCUUCUCAGGCCGGUUACGCAGAUCCAGGAAAGGUCCCUGGUUCAUCAGGAGGGUUUACCCAAGCUGCCUGUGCCGCCGUUGAAACAGACAUGUGAUCACUACCUGGCCGCUCUGGAACCUAUUGUCAGUGAAGAGGAGCUGGAACACACCCGAAAGCUGGUGCAGGAGUUCCUCAAGGGUGGGGUCGGGGAACGUCUGCAGAAGGGUCUGGAGCGACGGGCCCGAAAGACGGACAACUGGCUGUCUGAAUGGUGGAUGCAGUCAGCCUAUUUGGACUGUCGGAUGCCAGUGGCUGUGUACACGAGUCCUGGUGUGGUCCUGCCUCGCAUGCACUUUGAAGAUCGCCAAGGACAGAUGAGGUUUGCAGCUAAAUUGAUAGCAGGAGUGUUGGAGUUUAAAAAAAUGAUUGACAGUGAGACGCUACCUGUAGAGUAUCUGAGCAAGAAGCCCCUUUGCAUGGACCAGUAUUACCAGAUCCUGUCCUCCUGCCGUAUCCCUGGACCAAAGAGAGACACUGUUGUAAAUCACGCCAUCGGGAAAACGCCUCCCACGCACAUCACUGUAGUUCAUAACUUCCAGUUUUUUGUCCUGGACGUUUACAACAGCGACGGCACUCCGCUGACAGUGGAUCAGAUUUACAUGCAACUGGAGAAAAUUUGGAACACCUCUUUACAGACCAACAAGGAGCCUAUUGGUAUCCUAACAUCACAGCACCGCAACACUUGGGGAAAAGCAUAUAAUAAUCUGAUUAAGGAUAAGACAAAUAAGGAGUCAGUACGUGCCAUCCAAAAAAGCAUUUUCACUGUAUGUUUGGAUGCGCCCAUGCCCCGCGUGUCAGAUGAGCUGUACCAGAGCCGCGUGGCUGCACAGAUGCUGCAUGGAGGUGGGGCUCGCUGGAACAGUGGCAACCGCUGGUUUGACAAAACGUUACAGUUUAUUGUUGGUGAAGACGGUACAUGUGGACUGGUGUAUGAGCAUGCACCUGCAGAAGGCCCACCUAUUGUGUUUCUCAUUGAUUACGUUGUUAAGUAUAUGCAGAAGACUGAAAUCAUCCGUUCCCCAAUGGUUCCUCUGGUCAUGCCUCAGAAGCUGCGUUUCAACAUUAGCCCUGAGGUCAAGCGAGACAUUGAAAAAGCAAAACAAAAUAUGAAUAUAAUGGUGCAUGACCUAGAUGUGAAAGUGCUUUUGUUCUCUCAUUAUGGAAAAAAUGUGCCAAAGCAACACAAACUGAGUCCAGAUGCUUUCAUUCAAAUGGCACUUCAGCUUGCCUAUUUUAGGAUGUACAAUGCAUGUUGCCCGACAUAUGAGAGUGCGUCGUUACGCAUGUUCAAAUAUGGACGAACGGACGCAAUACGUGUAACUACCAUGGACUCGUUAAAAUUUGUCCAAGCCAUGGAGGACCCAGCUAAACAGAACACAGAGAGGCUGGCACUGCUGCAGAAGGCCACUCAGACACAUAGGGAGAACACAUACAAUGCCAUUCACGGACAAGCCGUGGACCGACACCUUCUGGGAUUGAAGAUACAGGGUAUUGAAGAUCUCACUUCUAUGCCUGAGAUAUUCAUGGACACCUCUUUUGCUGUGGCUCACCAUUACAAUCUUUCCACCAGCCAGGUUGGUUCCAAGACCGACUGUGUGAUGUGCUUUGGUCCAAUGGUGCCAGAUGGCUAUGGAGUGUGUUACAAUCCCAUGGAUGAGCACAUCAACAUCGCUAUCACGGCCUUCAACAGCUGUGAGGAGACAAAUGCAGCCAAGUUUGCACAAACUGUAAAUGGUGCACUGUUGGACAUGAGAGCUCUUCUGGAAGACACAGCUACAGCCAAGCAGUGAUCUCACAAGUUCCGGGUGUUUUAUAUGGAAACUGGAAAUCAACCAGCACCAAAGUUGUGCCAAGUAUGCCUCAUUGACAUGGACCUGCAAUGCACUGAGAGUGUUGGUGUAACUACUACUGCUGUGUGUAAAGUUUCAAGUUGCAAGGACUUUGAAAUGAAACACAUCUUGUUGAUGGGAAAUCUAUAUUUUGUUACAUGGUGUUGAACGCAUAUAUAAAACACUACAUGAACAAAAAUUGCAAAGUAUACUUAUUAAAUGUAACAUAAGUCUAUUAUAUCACAUUUCUAUUUUUGUUUGAUACACAGCAA